UGGGAAUCUGAAUCAGACAACCUGUUCCUGCAGGCAGCAGAUAUAGAUAUACUUCCAUAGAGAAAAAUGUCUUCGAUUUGAAUCCCAUUUCCUGCAUUUCUCCGUACAUUUAGGGACUGUGGUGAUCCAAUCAGAAUCAAAAUUGGUGGUGGGGGGGGGGACAUAUUCCCUACAUCCCCCCAAAAAUCUACGCCUUUCUCCAAUUGUAAAUGGCAAUAACAGUCUAUUCUAUUGUGUUGUUUUGGUUCCGGGAAACCGAGGCAGAGUGAGAGCUCUGUCCCGUCUCCUCCUCUGUGCUUCUGCUCUCCUCCUCCGCUCCGCUAGCUUAGCCUGCUAGCUAGCUAGCAGCUCAGGUAAACAUGGCCAUGUCGCAGGCUUUAUCCGAGGAGGAGUUCCAUCGGAUGCAGGCUCAGCUGUUGGAGCUGCGGACCCAGAACUACCAGCUGUCUGAUGAUCUCAGGAAGAACUCGGCAGAACUGAACGCCGUCCGUCAGAAGAACGUGGUUCUGGAGAGAGAUUUUGUCAAAGCACAGAAGGCUCUGAAUAAGAGCAAGAAAGCUCAGGAGGUGGACGCGCUGCUGAGUGAGAACGAGAUGCUUCAGGGGAAACUGCACAGUCAGGAGGAAGACUUCAGACUACAGAACAGCACGCUGAUGACCGAACUCUCCAAGCUGUGUACGCAGAUCGAGCAGCUGGAAGAGGAGAACCAGGGUCUGAAGGAAGGAGGAGCCACCUCUGCAUCCAGCGCCCCACCCAACCCCGCAUCCAGUCCUGUCGAUGGAGAGAUGCUCCGCCUCCAGGCCGAAAACUCCACCCUCCAGAAGCAAAUGAAAGCCCUCCAGGAGCGCUACGACAAGGAGCUCCAGAGACAGGCCGUCGCCCAGGGCAACCAGAGCGCUACCACGGAGACCGACGGCUCAGCCGGCGCCAACGGAGUCUCUGAUGUCACCGCAGAGGGAACCAAUGAGAGGCUGGAACAGACCGAGGCUCAGCUGGAAAACACCGAGAAACAGCUGCAUGGCCUGUCAGAGAAGAGCGUAGAGAAGAUUGUAGCUAAGCAGGCAGCGCUAGGCUGGUCGGCUGCUCUCUGUCCAAUAACUCACUGCUUUGGACCAGAGCUGGAGAUGGCCCUGAACACGGAGCAGGAGGAGAAGAGGCUGCUGAGGGAGCAGAUCCUCAACCUGGAGGCGGCCAAACAGGCUGAAAUCACCAGACUGCAGGACGAGAUAACCAAGCUCUCUGACAAGUUAAAGAAGAAACAGGAGAGUUUUCAGCGCCUGCAGGGGGAGAAGGAGGCUCUGUACAACGACAGCAGGACAAAGAUUGAUGAGAUCAACCAGCGGAAAGAAGAGGAGCUGAAAGCCACCAACAUCCGCAUCCAGAAACUGCAGUCAGACGUCCUGGCAGCCAAUCAGAUGACAGCUGAGCUGAGAGAGCAGCUGCAGAGCAAAGAGAAAGAACACGAAGUGGCUCUGCACACCCUAAAAGACCAGAUCCAGACGGUGAAGACGCAGGAGCUGAAUCUGUUGCGCGAGCAGCAGGAGGCGCUGGCCGUGGAGCUGCAGCAGAGACGGGUGGAGCAGGAGACCCUGCUGGCUCAGAGGGACGACCUGGACUCCCAGCUGCAGGAGUCCAGUUUUGCCAACAGGAAGUUGUUGGAGCAGUUAACAGAAGAAGGACAAGAGAAGGAGAAACUGCUGAGAGAUCUGGACGAGGCCAAGAAGACAGCAGAGAAGAGGAAGGCCAUGUUGGAUGACAUGGCCAUGCAGCUGAACCAGGAGAAGUCUGACCACAAGGAGGCGCUGUCAGACCUCAAACUGCAGCACGAGAAGGAGGUCCUCGGGGUGAGGGCUCGGUAUGAGAAGGAGCUCCGAGGCCUCCACGAAGACAAGAAUCGCUCCGAGGAGGAGAUCCGGCAGCAGCUUCGAGAUGAAAAGGCCCGGUCCAAAGGGCUGGAGGGUCUCCAGCCGCGGGUGGAGGAGCUGCAGGCCCAGGUUCUGUCCAUGGAGGGAACCAAAGGAUGGUUUGAGAGACGAUUGAAGGAGGCUGAGGAGAACAUCGAGAAGAACUCUCUGGAACAUCAGGAGGAGAUCCAGAGGCUGCGGAAUGAACACACACUUCAGCUGGAGGAGAAGCAGUGUGAGGUGGAGGGGGUGCAGCAGCAGCUGGUGGAGGUGGAGAAACAGAAGGAAGAACUCAACGACAGCAUCAGGAAACUCCAACAGGAGAUCAAGGACACCGUGGACGGGCAGAGGAUUUUAGAGAAGAAGGGAAGUGCAGCGCUGAAGGACUUGAAGCGGCAGCUGCAGCUGGAGAGGAAAAGAGCCGACAAACUGCAGGAGAGACUCCAGGAGAUUCUGACCAACAGCAAGACCAGGACCGGUCUGGAGGAGCUGGUUCUGUCAGAGAUCAACAGUCCCAGUCGGACCCAGCAGACGGGAGACUCGUCCUCCGUCUCCUCCUUCUCCUACAGAGACAUGAUGAAGGAGGCUCAGCCGACCAAUCAGAACAAGUCUGGAGGAGGCAGCCCCCAGUCUCAGCGUCCUGCUGAAUUAUCUGAUGACGAGGUCGGGGAGUUGUUCCAGCGACUCGCCGAGGUCCAGCAGGAGAAAUGGAUGCUGGAGGAGAAGGUGAAACAUCUGGAGGUCAGCUGUUCGUCGAUGGCUGAAGAUAUCCGCAGGAAGAGCGCCAUCAUAGAGACCUACGUGAUGGACAGCCGCAGAGAUGUGUCGGGCACUGCUGUCGGGGGUCACGGAGGCUCUCAGGGCGACAGAGGAGGUCUGGGCUCGGUCCUCAGAGAUCUGGUAAAACCAGGAGACGAGAACCUGCGAGAGAUGAACAAGAAGCUUCAGAACAUGUUGGAGGAGCAGCUGACCAAGAACAUGCACCUGCAGAAGGACCUGGAGGUUCUGUCCCAGGAAUUAGUCCGUCUCAGUAAAGAGAGCAGUCCUGGCGGCAGCGCAGCUGGAUCGGGAUGAGACUAUCGCCUGGAUCCAUCCGUCCAUUCCUUUCCUUCUCACUCCUUUAGUUCACCUCAAGCUGAAAGGUGCCUGCUGGGCCUAGACUAACACCUGGAAACAACAUGUCCUAUUCCCUGCGUUCAUAACCUCAGACCUUCCAUUCCCAGUCUGCUUGCUGGGCUACGACUAAACGCUGGAGUCUGUUGUUUCUUAAAGAAGAGAGGAAACCGUAAGUUUUAAAGGACCAGAGGGAAUGGAAAAGUCAGGCUCAGUUCAUUUAUGUUGCUAUUGAUUGUACUGUAAUUAGACAGCACCACUCACUUCCUCCGAGUCCUGGCUACGACCUGGAAAAAACACAUUGUAACAGACUUAUGAUUUCGAUUGUAACUGACUGUAAAUCCUGAUUCUAAUGUCUGUCUGUUGGGUCCUGACUAUGUCCUGGAAAACACAUGCUCUGCAUUAUUUUUGUUUUUGUUUUCUUUGUGCAGUAACUCUGUUGUGAUGUGGCUACUUCCUGGGCUUCCUGUCUACAAAAAAAAUGCUUCAAUACAAAAUACCCCCCGGGCUCUGUCUAAGACCUGGAUCGCCAAUGA